AAGGCACCAAAUAUUUGGUGUUCGUGGCAACGACAGUGGCCAUGUUGGGUACAAUAGUUUGUUGAGGUGUUCUUUUAUAUCGACGCCGUAAAUUGCUUUAAAUACGCUUCACGGAAGCUUUUUGACCCUACAUUAUGACAGAAACAUUGGCACAAACUCGUCUGCAACUCCAGAAUGCUGAAAGUUCUGUUCUGUUUAUGCAACAAGAACACGCACAAACGCUGAAAGGAUUGUACGCCGAAAUUAGUAAACUUCAAAAGAAAUGCGGAGAACUUACGUUCAAGAUAGCUAUGAACGCGACAAGUUCAACAACCGACGAAGGGCAACUUUGCCAAGAGCUUUCUGAAGCACAGGAAACCAUCAAGACACUGCGUUCAGAGAACACAGACUUUAAAGCAAUCAUAGACACUGGGUACAAACGCAUUGUCCUUUUGGAAACACAGUUGAAUGGUUUUGAGCAGAAAUACAACCAAGACAUCAUGGAGCGUGAUAAGCACAUCUCAAUACUUACCAAAGAGCUUACUGCUAAGUCAGACACUGUAGCUUACCUAACCACACAACUUCACCAAUCCAAAAUAAAAAAUGCCUCUCGAAAACAAGAACAAGCUAUGCUGUCAGGACAAGCAAAAGAAAGAAAAGAAAAUAGUAUCAGUUCAGCUAAACACAAAGAAAGCUCAGGGAAUGUUACCAGUGAAGUAUCUGGUUUUGCUGAGGAGUCUACUGGUAGUGCUACCUGUGUCACACCCUCACCUCCUGCAGAGAAAGCUACUGGUCCACGUGUGCGGAGGCCAUUUAGACGGUCGGCCACUUCCCCAUCCCCUAUUGACACGAGCAUAGCAAAAUCAAAGUCCCAACGGGCAGUAGGUGUUCAGGACUCUCCUAAUGAAAUCAGGUUGAAUGUCUCAUCAGCAAAAUCAAAGAGUAAGGGUUUGCCAACUCGUCCAAGACGAAGCUCCUCUCCUUCAAGACCAGGUCUGGGUAUUGCUAAGUCAUACCCAAGGUCUGGUAUCAGGGAUGGCCCCCCUCCUGAUGAGUAUGUGGAAUUCUUGAGGAGUGGAGUUCGUCCUGAGCCGCAGGUGGUUGUACGGGCUGCUCCUGAACCCCUGCCACCCAUUUCCAGUAAUGAACUAGGAACUUCUUACCGCGGAAAGACACCAAGGCAUUCAGAGGAAGUUAGCAAAAUUAUAGUUUCACCACUAGGAUCCCCAGAGAAGGGCUGGAGACACAAGGAACAUUCACAGCAGUCAAAUGGACCUGAGAUGUGAUACUUGCAAAAAAUAGAAUAGUGUACAGUAUAUGAUCUACUGUUUUAAAAUGAAAGGUCCAAACUUAUCUUCUAACAAGCUCAACAUUUUUGUGUUUCUAAUUAAAACGGGAUGUUUUAAUAAAUAGUGAUGUCUGACACAGUUUCAGCAGUGUUAUGGUUUUACUUUACCAACUUGUUUUUAGGGGUCAUGCCUUAACUUGUAAAUGACAGACAUAAAUGGUAUGUUUCAUGUAAAUAGCAAAUUACAUAAAUUUUAUUCCAAGGUUUCUAGUGUACAGUAAUGUUAAAUUUGUACAGAUCAAUAAAAGUGUGAAGUUUACAAAAA